CUGAAGAUGAUGUCAGCCCCGUCCCUUCCUGUAGCAACACCCCCUACUCAGAAGCCCCCUCGGAUCAUCCGCCCUCGCCCUCCUUCUCGCCCCAAGGGGACUGCCCAGAACCCAGGGCUUCCCCACAAUGGGUCUGCCUCACAAGAACUUUCCCCCACCUCCAAUGAUGCAAUACCCCCAAUGUGCACCUCUGUCUUCUGGGAGCCCCCUGCUGCAUACCUCAAGCCCCCUGCCCUUAUGCCCCCCUCAGCUUCUAAAGUCAGCCUCGACUCCCCAACUUCCCCAGGCUCAUCUCCAAGCACCCCUAGUCCAGUGUCCCGACGCUCUGCCUCUCCGGAGCCUGUGCCCCGGUCUCCAGUUCCCCCACCCAAGCCCUCUGGGUCACCUCGGACAACUCUGCCUUUGCUCUCUGAGGCCCAGGACCUGUCCAAGGAUGACCCUGCCUCUGCCCCUGGCACUGUGCGGAGGCUGGCUGGCAGGUUUGAGUGGGGAGCAGACGGCAAGGCCCAGGCUGCCAGCACUUUGGAGCUGUGUCCCCAAAGUGGAGUGGAUGUGAAUGGAGGUAGAGAUGCUCUGCAAGACAUCCCUGCUGGGAGUGGAUCACAGGAGAAUGCUUCAGAUGCUGCCGUGGUCUGUCCUCCCUGCUGCCCCUGUGUCUGCCAUAUGGCCCGGCCUGGCCUGGAGCUGCGAUGGGUGCCUGUGCGGGGCUAUGAGGAUAACCUCAAGGUCCCUUGCCGGACUUCCCCACUGCGGACCUCCCGUUCCCGCUCCAACCCUCCAAACGGUGGUCACCCUGCGGUUGUCCUCACAUCCUACCGUUCCACUGAUGAGCGCAAACUCCUGCCGCCUCUGAAGCCCCCCAAACCAACUCGGGUCAGACAGGAUGCCAUUGUCCCCAGGGAGCCCCCACAGCCAGAUUUAGAUCUGCCCUCCGAAGAUGGAAUCCAAACAGGGGACAGUCCUGAUGAAGCACCUCGAAAUGUUUUUUCAACAACCAUGGAGGGCAGAGAGGAAGAGGGCCUCGAGGGGCUAAAGGAACAGAACUGGGAGCUCCCGCUGCAGGAUGAACCCCUGUACCAGACCUAUAGAGCGGCUGUGCUCUCAGAGGAGCUAUGGGGGGUUGGUGAGGAUGGAGGUCCCUUGCCAACAAACCCCGAAGACACUCCCACCUUCACAAGGCCCCCGGGACCACGCAACACCCUGUGGCAGGAGCUUCCGGCUGUCCGAGCCAGUGGCCUCCUUGAGACCCUCAGCCCCCAGGAGAGGCGCAUGCAAGAGAGCCUAUUUGAGGUGGUGACAUCGGAGGCCUCCUACCUGCGCUCCCUGCGGCUGCUGACCGACACCUUUGUGCUCAGCCAGGCACUCCGGGACACACUCACACCCCGGGACCACCACACUCUCUUCUCCAACGUGCAGCGAGUCCAGGGAGUCAGCGAGCGGUUCCUGGGUACGUUACUGUCCCGUGUGCGCACCUCUCCUCACAUCAGUGACCUGUGUGACGUGGUGCACACCCACGCCAUGGGGCCCUUCUCGGUGUAUGUGGACUAUGUGCGAAACCAGCAGUAUCAGGAGGAGACCUACAGCCGCCUCCUGGAUACCAACAUGCGCUUCUCUGCGGAGCUGCGGCGCCUGCAGAGUCUUCCCAAGUGCGAGCGCCUCCCGCUGCCAUCCUUCCUGCUGCUGCCCUUUCAGCGCAUCACCCGCCUCCGCAUGUUGCUGCAGAAUAUCCUGAACCAAACGGAGGAGGGAUCCAGUCGUCAAGAGAAUGCCCAGAAGGCCUUGGGUGCUGUCAGCAAGAUCAUUGAGCGCUGCAGCGCUGAGGUGGGGCGCAUGAAGCAGACUGAGGAGCUGAUCCGACUCACCCAAAGGCUGCGCUUCCAUAAAGUCAAGGCCCUGCCCUUGGUCUCUUGGUCAAGGCGCCUGGAGCUGCAGGGGGAGCUAAUGGAGCUGGGGUGGCGCAGGGGUGGCGUCCUCUUCCCCUCGCGGUCACGGUCACGCUUCACCCCUCUUUGCCUGCUGCUCUUCAGUGACCUGCUGCUCGUUACUCAGCCUAAAAGUGGGCAGAGGCUGCAGGUUCUGGACUAUGCCCAUCGCUCCCUGGUCCAAGCCCAGCAGGUUCCAGAUCCAUCUGGCCCCCCCACGUUCCGCCUCUCCCUUCUCAGUAACCACCAGGGCCGCCCCACCCACCGGCUACUCCAAGCUUCAUCCCUAUCAGACAUGCAGCGCUGGCUGGGAGCCUUCCCAACCCCAGGCCCUCUCCCCUGCUCCCCAGACACCAUCUAUGAGGACUGUGAAUGUUCUCAGGAUCUGUGUUCAGUGCCUUCUACACCUACCAAGACUGAGAGACAGAGUCUGGCAUCCAAGGGUCCCUCCAAACACCUGCAUAAGAGCCCUGAAGGCUGGCUAAAGGGUGUCCCUGGGACCUUCCCUGCCCAGUUGGUGUGUGAAGUCACAGGAGAACAUGAACGAAGGAAGCACCUUCGCCAGCACCAGAGGCUUCUUGAGGCUGUUGGACCCUCUUCAGGCACCUCCAGUGCCUCCCCUCCCUAA